UCUCGUCCGAGACGCACGUGUGCUUAGCAAAAAAAUUGUUUUCUUCUGUUAUUUACAUCCAUGCGUAUGCCCACGUGACUUGUGAUAAAUUUGCGUUUCUUUAUUAUUUAAUGUCCAAUAAAGUGGAUUAUUAUUGAUUCAGUGAAAUAUUAACUUUUAUCGUAAAAAUAUCAUUGUGCAGUUCAUUUUGAUGCCAUCAUGAUAAUAAAAGAACUAACUAAAUGUGGAUAAAUAAUAGUACAUUAUACUAAUAAUUAGUAUUUUGAAGAACCAAUAAGGAAAUAGCAGAAGCUACAAACAUCUGAAAACCGGCAUAUACACCGGUUGUUAUCCCGACAUGUUGUUAAAUUUGCAGAUGGCAGCAUGUUUAGUAGUAUUAAUUUCACAUAUAUCUGCGGAUGAAAAAUCUACCAACACAGUAUCUCUAUCGGCCGGUUCUCCAGUUAUUCAAAGUAAUACUAUCCAAAAGCUUAUCAAAAUCUUGGAAAGGUAUGGCCAAGAAGAGCAAAGAGGCCUCAAACGAGUAUAUCUUAGCAACCGGUCGAUCACGUGCAACGAUGGUUCUCAGGCUGGAUUUUAUCUGAGGAAAUCCCACGGUUCAAAGAAAUGGAUAAUAUUCCUAGAGGGCGGAUGGUAUUGCUAUGAUCAGAAGAGCUGCAGGAACAGGUGGUUGAAGCUAAGACAUCUUAUGACGUCUACUCAGUGGCCUGAAACUCGAGAUGUUGGUGGAAUUUUGUCUUCAAAUCCUCAAGAAAAUCCCCAUUGGUGGAACGUAAAUCAUGUAUUUGUUCCUUACUGUACAAGCGACAGUUGGAGUGGUACUAGAUCAUUUCCAAGUGACAUGUUCUCCUUUAUGGGUGCAGAAAUAGUUUCCCAAGUUGUUCGAGAUCUAGUGCCCCUCGGCCUCGACAACGCUAGCUCUCUUUUACUGGCUGGAAGCAGUGCAGGAGGAACAGGAGUUAUGUUAAAUUUGGAUCACGUUCACAAUCUCGUUCAUCAUGAGUUAAGAUUGAAACACGUUACUAUUCGAGGUGUGAGCGAUUCUGGAUGGUUUUUAGACCGAGUACCAUAUGCUCCAAAUGGCCUGUCUCCCACGGACGCAGUAAGAAAAGGUAUGGAGCUGUGGAAAGCUCGAAUGCCAAAAAAUUGUGCUGCUCAGUAUCCACAUGAACCAUGGAGAUGUUACUUUGGAUAUAGACUAUACCCAACACUCAACACUCCGUUAUUUGUUUUUCAAUGGCUCUUUGACGAGGCUCAAAUGACAGCAGACAAUGUUGGUGCUCCAGUAACAAAACAACAAUGGGAUUAUAUCCAUAAAAUGGGUGAUAGUCUUCGUCAAACGUUUGACAAUGUCACAGCAGUAUUUGCACCCAGUUGCAUAAGCCACAGCGUUUUGACAAAACGAGACUGGCAGUUGGUGAAAAUUGACGAUGUAUCUCUACCUCAGUCGAUGCAUUGUUGGGAAAAAAGUUAUGUUAGUAAUCAUCGUCACAAAAAUGAGACUAACGUUCAAACAGAAACCAAUCAAUCUUGUGUUAAGUUGGUUCGUAAUCUCUUGCGGCCUAUUCAUACAAAAAAGAAUAGUACAGUAAUGGCAAGUAGAAGUAGCAGUAAUAAGAAUGAAACAGGUGUUAAUAUAAGGCAAAAUGUAACUGUUCUCGGGGAAAAAAAGACACCAAGUAAUGGAUCAACGGAGGGUCGAGGUAAUAAGAAAAGGAAACGAAGAAGAAAGCAUAAAGGAAGACGAAGAGAUCGAAACCGAAAUGCAAAAAAUCGAGAAAGGAAGGAAAAACGUCCACGAAGAAAAGAAGGACAUAAACAAAGUAACAGACGUAUUGGAAACAAUCAUCAAAUUAUGUUCAACGGUACACGAUCUCAACGCUCGUUAUUACUUCCAAACAAGAGGAAAUGCGGUCAAAGUUGUCAAUUUCAUUUAAUCGAACGGUGUACCUGGCCCCAAUGUAAUCACAGCUGUCCAAAACUCCACAAUCCCUUUACAGGAGAGGAGAUGGACUUUAUUGAACUGCUUAAGAGCUUUGGCCUUGACAUGAAAAGUGUAGCUAACGCCCUUGGUAUUGAUAUACAUACUCUUAAUAAUAUGGAUCAUGAUGAGCUAUUAAAUUUGCUUACGCAGCAACCAUUUUUUCUUCAAAUUAAAGCUUAUGCUACACAAUGUGGAAAAGUAUGGCUAACAGUGUCAUCAUUGUGGAGGCCAAUAGCAGCAAGUGAUAAAGUAAUCGACGCCGAGCUCGAAGUUAAUUGGGAACUUGAUUGUCCACCAAAUAUAGAACCCCCUGAUACUAUCAAGGUGUUCACAGCCGAUCCAGCUCACAAUAAGAGCUUGCUACCUCAAUUGGUAUUAACCCUCGUAGAAUAUCCAGAAGGUUAUUACAGAACGAACCUUGCUGUGGGUAGACCUCCAUUACCAGGUGGAUGGGAUGCUACUGGUGGAGCAACGUUACCCGGACCUCACUGCUUGAAACAUUACGCUGCAUUAUAUAAAGAUAAUGUAAUUUUAACUAGUUCUUGCUUGCAAAUUUGGCCCACAUGGAUGUACGACUUGAGACGACAACUUGGACGAUUGCCGAUUGGAAGUUUAAUGAUUCCCGGCACUCAUAAUUCAGGAUGUUACAAACAUGGAGACCUUACCAGGAGAGAUGCUUUCCAGAGAUAUUUACUAACUCAAGAUCGUGACGUCUGGACACAAUUGGUGCACGGAAUCAGAUACCUUGACAUAAGAGUCGGUCAUUAUCCCCCUAUUCCUCAUAAUGCUUCACAUCAAAGUGAUGAAGUCAAUCAUGCUGGUCCUUUUUGGGUCAAUCACGAUAUGAUACGUAUUAAUCCACUAUCAGCUGUGAUCAAAGACGUACGAAAUUUUUUGAGUGCUGCUAGAGGCGAAGUUGUCAUCAUGGAUUUUCAUAGAUUUCCCGUAGGAUUUGAUGGAAGACUAAGCCGCCACAGACGACUAGCUUCAAUCCUUCGUCGAGAGUUUGGAGGAUUAAUAUUAAAACCUAGUAGAGGUGUUGAUGGUUUAGGACCAACGUUAAAUGAAAUAUGGAAUAGUGGAAGACGUUUAAUUAUUUGCUAUGGAGAUAAACACACAGUCAAUGAGUAUGAAUGGUUGUGGCCUUCUUUAACGCAAGCUUGGGGUAAUCAACAAACGCCACAGGGUUUGUUUGAAUACCUGAAUAGUGUUUUAAUGGCUCCACAGAAGCCGAAGAAUACGUUAAAUCCUCUUUGGGCGAUAAUGGCUGAGCUGACACCACGAACUCUGGAUGUAAUAUUUAAUCCAAGUGGAGGCCUUCGGCAGAUGGCUGAUGCUGUCAAUCGCAAUCUUUCUCGUUUAUUUCAGAAUGAAUGGUGGAAACAAACAAAUAUCGUUGCAACUGAUUUCUUCCUUGGUAAUAAUCUCAUCGAAGUAUCUAUUCAAUCAAACAUCAAAAAGAGCAACAUUGCUCAGUGGAGACUAUAAAUAUUUAUGUAUUUAUUUAUUUAUUGAUUUUUGUAUAACUAUAUAUUCGUUUGAGAAAAGUUCAAUAGUUAUCAAAAAUAGAGUUCUGUUGGAGAAUAAACAUUUAGAAUUUUUUUUGAACUUUUUAUGCUUUUUUUUUUUAUUAAAUAUUUGACUAAAAAGAAAAAUAUUCUUUAUGUAAAAACAUCUAAUAAAAAUGAAAAAUAAAAGACAAGAGAUUGAUCGAGAUUCAAUAAAUGAAAUAUCAAUAGAAAUUUUGUUUCCAGUUCUGUAAUGCAUUAAAAAAUUUAAAUACGUCUUCACAACAACGUUAUAAAAAACUGCUAUAUUCGAUAAUAAGUACGGAAGAAAUAUAAAUCACUGUUUAUAUUUUUUGCAAUUUUUUGAUAUACAUAAGGAUUUGUUUAUCGUUUAAAGAAUUUUAAUUAGUUUUUUUCAAGUAUCAUGGCCAAUUUUUCAAUAAUAAUUAUUUACAUGAACUCAUAAAAACAAUUUUGUUUUACAAAAUCAUAA